GUCCUGCAGGGCAGGAGGCCGUCCAAGUGGCUCACGGAAUUCCUGCAGGAGGACAAGCCCCUGGUCUCCGUGCAGACCUACCUGGAGGAUGAGGACCAGCUGUACACCGUGGCCAGCCACUUGCAGCGUGUCUGCAAUAGCAUAGAGCCCCCCGUGCCAUCCCUGCUCAGGGCCGACAAGGUGAGGCUGGUGCUGGAGGUCCUGCUGCCCGAAGCCAUGAUCUACUCCAUCGCAGCCCUGGAGGACCUGGAUUACCAGGGGGCCGAAGAGGUGUUCCAGCGGGGGCCCCCUGUGCACUACCGCGAGAAAGUGCUGUUUGACAGA